AUGGGUCCACCUGUGAAGCCAUACGAUCUUUUCCGCCACAAGCCGUUGAACCUAAGCGAAAACUCUUUCCGACUGCUCGAUAUCAAUGGUGUUUCUCCAGAAGGCCUCAUCGAAUGUACCAUCAAUGAAUACAACCGCGAUGACUUGCAUCAAUCUUACCGCGCUCUAUCAUAUACCUGGGGUCCUGAAACGCCGGCUGGGUGGAUCCUCCUGAACGGAAAGGCGUUUCGUGCCCGAGAAAAUCUUAUACGGUUCCUCGAAGCCACCUCCUCUCACCGCGAGGCGCGCAAGGGCAUCUGGAUCGACGCGAUUUGCAUCGAUCAGGACAAUACAACUGAAAAGAUGCAACAAGUCAAGCAUAUGGACGACAUCUACCGCAAUGCCGCUACAGUUUUCGCCUGGCUUGGAGAUGCCACUGGGGAUUACCAGGAGCUCCACGAGCUUCUGAAAAAGUUCGAAGAGACACCAGAAGGCGGGGUGCCUAACAGGUCCAGUGCCAUAUUUGGGAUACUGAGAGGUUCAUCUGCUGUUCGUGAGCAGAUGCUGGACGUGCUAUCACGACCAUAUUGGACGCGUAUGUGGAUCAUUCAGGAGAUUACUCUUGCACAGACCGAUGUGCGCCUGCUCUUUGGAAAACACACCUUAUCAUGGAAGACGGUCAAGCCCCUAUCUGUAAUGAUUAAGAGUGACGUCAAAUACCGGCUUUUCUUUCGCACAGUGCCAGCAUACCAAGUGGCCAAAGCAGCGGACCUCCUGCGAAGUAAAUCCAGGCCUUUGACUAUCCUUGGGUUGCUCAAAGAGCUGGAUGGCGGUGGCCUUUGCGCAGACGCACGCGACAAAGUCUACGCACUCCUUGGAAUGGCCAGCGAUACCGGAGCCCUGGAACCGGAUUACACCAUCACGGGCGCGGAACUGUUCUUUCGGGUGCUGAAAAGCGAGACCUCUUUGGUGAAAACAAACACCGUCACCAUUGAUGACAUCGCUACGCUAAAGGAGGCCAUGGGCAUGCAGAGGAAUUUUUCCGGUUUAAAGGAGACGGCCUUGCAGUCAGAACUCUUCAUCAGCACUGGAAUCCAUUGGGAAGUGGCGUAA